AAGAGGGAGAGAGAGAGAUAGAGAGAGGAAGAGCCGUCAGCGGUCGGAAAAGGGUGACGAAGAUGGCGUCCAGGUCGCCGAGGGGAGCGCGAUCACACGACGCCUGGGAUUGCUUACUACCAGGCCCGCCCAGCCGCAGCAACGGCGGCGCCGCCGACUGCAGCAAUUUCGGCCUCCUCGCCUACGGUGCCGGAAGCUGCGUCGUCGUCGCAGACCCUCGAUCCAUGCAGCUCGUCUGCAUUCUGCCUAUGCCUCCCUCUCCCGCCGCCUCCGCCUCCGCCCACGCCUCCCUCGCCCCAUUCGUCACCUCCGUUCGAUGGACCCCCCAGCCUCUCCUCCGCGACCUGUCCUCUCACGAAGACCCUUUCACCUCCCACCUCCGCCUAGCCGCUGGUGAUCGACAGGGCCGCAUCGCCAUAUGGGACCUCCGAUCCCGCCAGGUCCUACUCUGGCUCGACCUCGAGGCAUCGUCUUCCUCUUCCUCCGGCCGGAUGGGAAUCCAGGAUCUUUGCUGGGUACGCUCCGACUCCUGGCUUCUGGCCGCGAUCCAUGGUCCGUCGCUUCUCGUCCUUUGGGACACCGUCACCGGCCGCUGUCUGUGGAAGUACGAUGCCUCUCCUGAGUAUUUCUCCUGCAUUCGCCGCGAUCCCUUUGACGCAAGGCACUUCUGCACCCUUGGCCUCCGGGGCUUCCUUCUCUCGGCCAUUGCCUUGAGUGGCGGGGACGGUGGUUCCGUCUCUAUGCAAGAUCAUCGGAUCACUGGGAUUUCUGAUUCAUCCUCCGAUCUGCAAAAGCUCGAGAAGGACUCCUCUGGAUCUGCUUCUUCAUUGUCUCCAGCUCACGCUCUCUUCCCUCUUUUCUUUGCAAGGCUUUGCUUCUCGCCCGUAUCGAAGUCCAUCCUCGUUGCGACCUUCCCCAAGGAGCUUAUUGUUUUUGACCUGAAUUAUGGGACGACACUGUCGGCCAUUCCACUGCCUCGUGGAUUCAGCAAGUUUAUGGACUUGGUGCCAGAUCAAGAUCGCGAUCUGCUUUACUGCGCACAUGUUGAUGGGAAGCUCAGUAUCUGGAAGAGGAAAGAAGGAGAGCAAUUGCAUAUACUCUGUGGAAUGGAAGAAUUAAUGCCCUCCAUUGGCACAUCUGUCCCAACUCCAGCCGUUCUCGCACUCACUCUUCGCCAAUCAGAAUCUUCAGUUCAAAACAUUGGCCGUGUCUUCACCAAUCCAUCAGACAUACAAACUUCACUUGUCGAAGAUCCAUCAAACUCACAAGCCUCACUUGCUGAAGAUGACACCCUUUCUAAAAUUUUAAAUAAGGAAAUUGAUGCUGCUCUGAAGACAUGUUUAAUCUCGAUUUCUGAUGAUGGGAAAAUCUGGAACUGGCUUCUUACUUCUGAAAGGGAUGUAUCAGAUUCUACUAAAGAACAAGUUUCUGGCAAUGGAACCAAUUCUCCAUCUAUAACCCUGAAACUCACUGAACCAGUGUCUAUGAAGAUCAGUUUGAUGGGUCAGCUCCAUCUUCUUUCUUCAACAUUGACCACUCUAGCUGUACCAUCCCCAUCAUUGACAGCCACUUUAGCUCGUGGAGGAAAUAAUCCUGCCCCAGCCGUUCCACUCAUUGCUUUGGGGACACAAGGUGGGACUAUUGAUGUUGUUGAUAUUUCUGCUAGUGCAGUUGCAGUGAGCUUUUCUGUCCAUAAUAAUCCUAUCAGAGGGCUGCGAUGGCUUGGAAAUUCAAGGCUUGUUUCCUUCUCAUAUGGUCAGGUAAAUGACAAAGGAGGAGGCUUCACUAAUAGACUUGUUGUCACUUGCCUAAGAAGUGGGCUUAAUCGCCCAUUUAGGCUCCUUCAAAAGCCAGAGCGCGCCCCCAUAAGAGCAUUAAGAGCCUCUUCAUCUGGAAGGUAUCUUCUCAUUUUGUUUCGGGAUGCUCCAGUUGAGGUAUGGGCUAUGACGAAGACACCCAUUAUGCUUAGAUCAUUAGCUCUUCCAUUUACUGUGUUGGAAUGGACAUUACCAAGUGCACCCCGCCCUAUUCAGAGUGGCCCUUCUCGGGAGUCCUUGGCAUCAAAAGAACAGAUAUCCACUCCAAAUACAAGUGCAAAUACAUCGUCUACUGAAUCUAAGGUGGCAAACUCAGACUCUACUGUGGAUGACACAUCAGAGAGUUUUGCAUUUGCCUUAGUGAAUGGUGCCCUUGGUGUGUUUGAGGUCCAUGGCCGGAGGAUUAGAGAUUUUAGACCAAAGUGGCCAUCAACCUCAUUUGCUUCAUCAGAUGGUCUAAUCACUGCUAUGGCAUAUCGUCUCCCGCAUGUGGUUAUGGGGGAUCGAUUAGGUAACAUACGCUGGUGGGAUGUGACUACUGGUCUUUCUUCUUCAUUUAACACCCACAGAGAAGGAAUUAGAAGGAUUAAGUUUUCUCCUGUUGUUCCUGGAGAUCGGAGCAGAGGGCGUAUUGCUGUACUCUUUUAUGACAAUACAUUCUCAAUAUUUGAUCUUGACUCGUCAGAUCCAUUGGCCAAUGCCCUUUUACAGCCUCAAUCUCCUGGAACGCUUGUUUUGGAGCUUGAUUGGCUGACAAGACGAACAGACAGAAAUGAACCACUGGUUUUAUGCAUAGCUGGAGCUGACAGUAGUCUUCGCCUUAUUGAGGUUAAUAUAAGUGACACAAAGACUGGUUCAAUCACAAAGUCCAGAGUGUUAAAUGAGAGAUUUCGACCAGUACCUUUGUGCGUACCUAUGUUAUUUCCAACAGCACAUGCACUGGCAUUACGGACAAUCUUGCAGCUUGGCGUGAAACCUUCUUGGUUCAUUUUGAACAAUGCAACCACAGGUAUUCUUCCAUAUCAGAUUCCUGAUCUGGUCCCAGCAUCUCCAAGUGACCUGCGAAGCUUUAUGAUCGAGUCAACUCUUCCCUCUGUGGGUGAUAUCGUUGUGCCCGAAUUACUUCUUAAGGUUCUAGAGCCAUAUCGAAGAGAGGGAUGCAUUCUUGAUGAGGAAAGGGUUGGGUUAUAUGCUUCAUUAGUCAACAAAGGUUCUGCAGCAAGGUUUGCCUUUGCUGCUGCUAUUUUUGGUGAACUUUCGGAAGCGCUGUUCUGGUUACAGCUACCACAUGCCCUCAGUCAUUUGCUGGAAAGAUCUGAAAAUAAAUCACAGCAAAGCUCCAAGCCUGCAUCAAUUUCUGAGGCUGAAAGUGCUCUUCUUAAUCGGAUAGCAUCACGUGAAAGGUCUGCAGGCUCAAUAACAUCAGAAGCAGUGAAGUAUGGACAGCUAAAUAUGAUGGCUUUCAGCCAAGAGGAAUUGUGGGGAAAAGCAAAUGAGCAAAUUGCUUGGCAUGCAAAACUAGAUGGAGAAGAGGCAAUUCAAAAGCGUGUUCAUGAACUUAUCUCUGUUGGAGACUUGGAAGCAGCUGUAGCUUUGCUACUCUCGACACCACCAGAGGGAUCUCAGUUUUAUCCAAAUGCUUUACGAGCAGUGGCAUUGUCUUCUGCUGUGUCACGGUCUUUGCAUGAGCUUGCUGUAAAGGUUGUUGCAGCAAAUAUGGUAAGGACAGAUAACUCACUGUCAGGAAUCCAUCUUCUCUGUGCUGUUGGAAGAUAUCAAGAAGCAUGUUCUCAGUUACAAGAUGCUGGAUGUUGGACAGAUGCUGCUACUUUAGCCGCAACUCAUCUACGUGGAUCUGACUAUUCAAGGGUCUUGCAAAGAUGGGCUGGUUAUGUUUUGCAUAGUGAACAUAACAUUUGGAGAGCCCUGAUUUUGUAUGUUGCUGCUGGAGCUCUCGUGGAGGCCUUUGCAGCUCUACGUGAUGCUCGGCAACCAGAUACAGCUGCAAUGUUCUUGCUUGCAUGCCAUGAGAUCUAUUCACAAGCAUCACCAAAUAGUCAAACUGAUGUUGAAACAUCGAUAACUGUGGACGAGAAACAAAGUUUUCAAUUGCCUCUAAGGAAUUUGGUAGAUGAGGAUAUCAAAGCAAUUAGUGAGUUCUAUGGAGAAUACCAAAGAAAGUUGGUGCACCUUUGCAUGGACGCAACACCAACGUUUGAUUGAUGAUUACAUAUGGUCUGGAGCAACUGCCAACAUGUCCAAUCUAUGACCCUUUAUUGUGGUCUACAGCCAGAGUAUCUCUGACUUCUUGUUGAGAUCUGACAACCAGGGGAAUCCAUCAAGCCAUUACAUUAACACAAACAACUUGUUUGAGACACCACAAGAUGGUGAAGUUUGAGAGAAUUUUCUUGGAUUUCCUUUGUGGCCACGCUUGUUGAGUUUGUUGCUUUGACAAAAUUUUCUUUGACAAUCAACCUAUCCUCUUUAUGCUAGCAGAUCGAAUUUUGCGUUUGUAUGUUCUUGGCUCGUUGAAGAGGAACAAAGAGGAUACUAUUGGCAGUUUGGUUGUCUGACAUUGGAAGCAAUUCAAAAAGAUGAAUCAGGAUUUUUCUCAAUCAUUUUGCAUGUCAGGCGGAACAUCACUGUAAGAUUUGCUUGGGAUUUUACAGAUCAUUUCCACACUUUGCAAAUUUAAUAUUCAUGUUGAAGCCGGAUAGCUGAUGAUGAAAUUAUAGUUUCUUAAUUGAUAUGUUGAGUUGUAUUUUAUCAUGAUAUGUAUGACAAUAUUGUCUCCGCCUAAAUAAAUAUAGCUCGAGUUUUUGUUCC